AUGGCAGCAAACGAUGACUCAAAGAUUUCUGUAAGAUUCAACUUAAGGCUGUGAUUAACACAAGUCAAAUUAUUCAUGGAGAUUGUUUACGGCAAUUUUUGAAUAUGUAUUUGACUGACUUUGUGGAUAGAUUUAAACGCAGUCAAGUUGUAACAGCAGUUGGUUAGCAUUGCUAGCUAGCUUGGAGUUUAUUCAAUCGGUCAUUUGGCCAGAAAGUGCCUUUUUGGCGAUGUUGUAGUUAUCUUUUAAGUGGGAGAUAAAUUCUGAAAUGUUUCCUUGUGCUAUCUUUACAUUAUUGUUGAGAUUUGGCUGUAUCGACCAUAUGACAAAAUCAGCGUUGUUUGUUAUUGAAAGUUAGCAGUGGGACUGCUAGCAUGCUAAGGAAAUUAUCAUUUAUCAAAGCACUGUGUCUUAAAACUGUACCAGUUUAGCACUUUGGUAUCAACAGUUUAAUUUCCAUAAUGUAUUUUUGAUAAUAUUGCAGUUCUCCACUGAAUGUGUGGACGAUAUUGAUGGAUUUCAAGGCGUUAUCGUGUAUGAUGACCUAACGUUCCUCUUGUCUCCUCCUCAAGUAAGACUUAUAAAAUUUGAUGAAAGCAAAUCUUCAAAAUAAAAGGAAAUAUGAUGUCUGUAAUCAAUUACCUGGGCAGGUUCACUGUUAAUGUUUGCUCUUACUUAUGGACAGGAGGCUGAAGAGGGGUAUGCUUCUGGUGAGGAACAGGACCACAACAGGUACGUCAAGGAAAACUUGAAGGUGGUUACUCAACCUUAAAGUACUCUGGUGAUGUUGGACAUCAAGUGCACAUUUCUAUCUUCAACUGGAUAUCUUCAAAAUUUUAACCUAUUUCAUACGUGUCCAUUUGUAAACUGUUGUUGUGUAGCUCUGUGCAGACCUUCAACUGUGCCAACGAUGAGCAUGAGGAGACUGACAGUCAAUCAUCUGCCAGGUAAAAAAAAAUAGCUUUUAAGUUAUGACUCACUCAAAAGCUCAUCAUUAAAUGAUCAUUUUACUGCUUUUGGCAAAUUUUGGUAGUUACCCCUGCUGAUGGUGUGAGGACUCAGUCACCAGUGGUUCAUUAAAGAAACUGAGAAACUGUGAUGGUUUUGGUGCUCCAAGUGAAUCAUUGCCUUUCUCCCAUACCUGUGUGAAUUUAUUUAAAGGUUUACAACAUAACCAAUAAACUGUAAAAAGUAAACCAAAAGGAUUUGGGGGACAGAGUGUUUAAUAAUUUUAACCUUAUUUCGUAUCUAUCUCGCAGCACUAUGAGUAACCUACAUAACUGUUCUCCCUGUAACUACAAAAUAUGUGAUAAAAUCAUUCCACUUUUCUUUGUUUCCUUACAGCUCUGAGAAGGACGAAAGUCAAAGAGGAGAAUGAGGGGGAAGAAGAGGAGAACAGCCAUUUAAAGAUAUGCUUCACCUGCUCCUCUUAG